AUGUGGAAGCAUCAGGUACAUGCUGGGCUUGUGCUUUUCCUUGCCUUCUGGAGUCUGGCAGAUGGUGGGAAGCUCUUGGUGGUGCCUCAGGAUGGAAGUCAUUGGCUGAGCAUGCGGAUGGUCCUGGAGAAACUCUGGGAGAAGGGGCAUGAAAUCGUGGCCGUGGUUCCUGAUGCUGCCUUGCUCUUGAAAAGCUCCCAGUCCUUCACCAUCAAAACGUAUUCAGUGCCUUACACCCAGGAGUUUGUGGACCAGUACUACCAGAAGUUGGGGGAAAAUAGCUUUGAGAGUCUAACGCUCUCACUUUUACUCAGAAACAUCACAGAGCUGACCAACAUGUUCACUUCUGCUUGUCGGCAUCUCUUAUCUGACAAAGAGCUCAUGAAGUACCUCCAGGACAGCAAAUUCGAUGCCAUCAUGAUGGACCCUGUGCUGCCCUGUGGGCCCAUUCUGGCUGAGUAUCUCUCCCUCCCCUCUGUGUACUUCAUGCGUGGUCUUCCUUGCACCUUAGACUACAAAGCCGCGCAGUCUCCCAGCCCUGUAUCCUACGUGCCCAAGACUUUAUCAUCUCUUUCCGACCACAUGGCGUUCCCAGAGCGAGUGAAGAACUUCUUGAUCGGGCUCUCAGAGCCUUUGCUUUGCCACCUGUUUUAUUUGAAAUACGAGAGCUUGGCCUCCGAGUUCCUGCACAGGGAUGUGACGGUGCAGGAGCUGUUCAGCCAAGCAUCAGUGUGGCUGAUGAGAUACGACUUUGUUUUUGAGUAUCCGCGCCCCAUCAUGCCCAACAUGGUCUAUGUUGGAGGCAUCAACUGUCUGCAGAAGAAGCCACUCUCAAAGGAAUUUGAAGCCAUGGUGAACGCCUCUGGAGAGCACGGCAUCGUUGUCUUCUCGCUGGGCUCCAUGGUGUCCGAGAUUCCCAUGAAGAAAGCCAUGGAGAUCGCGGAGGGCUUGGGAACAGUCCCUCAGACGGUCUUCUGGCGCUACACAGGCAAGGCACCCCCCAACCUGCCCAAGAACGUGAAGCUCGUCAAGUGGCUGCCUCAGAACGACCUCCUGGCCCACCCCAAGACUCGUGCCUUCAUCACCCACGGAGGCUCCCACGGCGUUUAUGAGGGAAUCUGCAACGCUGUGCCCAUGGUGCUGAUGCCUCUCUUCGGGGACCAGAUGGACAACGCCAAGCGAGUGGAGUCCCGUGGAGCAGGGCUGACCCUCAACAUCCUGGAGAUGACUUCUGCUGACAUCUCCAACGCCCUGAAAGCCGUGAUCAACGACAAAACGUACAAGGAGAACAUCCAGCGCCUCUCCGACCUGCACCUGGACAGACCCAUCCACCCUCUGGACCUGGCCGUGCACUGGGUGGAGUUUGUGAUGAGGCACAAGGGGGCCCCUCACCUGCGCCCCGCCGCCCACGACCUCAACUGGGUGCAGUACCACUCGCUGGACGUCAUCGCCUUCCUGGCCGCCGUCACCCUCCUCUUCCUCUUCAUCUCCUUCAAGUGCUGCCUGUGCUGCUGCCGCAGGUGCUGCGGCAAGAAGGGCAGGACGGGCAAGGCCACCAAAGCCAAGUCCCACUAGCACCUGGGGACGGUGGUGGUGACCGAGCUCCUGCUCCAAACGCGGCAGCGGGGCCAGGGAACAGCUCGAAUUGCACUGCAAUGAAUCAAACACUGUGAUUUUCAGCCAAGGAAUGAUAGGGAUCCUUUGAAAUAGCAGCACGAGAUGGGCUGUUCCGCUGAUCUAAUUUUGGCUUUUUAAUUAAGAAUGGGUUGUUGAAAAUGCCUUGUGUAGGAGUGCUGCAGUCACUUGGGAAGGUCUGAGUGUGACAUCCCCGGCCCCUGGCUUCCACCUGUCAGUGUGCAGAGGACUCAGUGACUUUUUCUUUCAACCUCCACCUGCAGCAGAGAUAGGUAGGAAUUUUGGAGGACUUUAGGAGAACCAUCUGGUCAGAUUCUUGUUUGAAAUCUCUGUGUGGCUGCUGUUGUAGGAGAGGCAAAUGUUGUACACUCGCAGUUCCUGUCACGCAGACCAAGCUCUGUGCACAUCUUCAUGGGUUUACAAGACCCUGAACCAAUAUCAAGCUGCUGGAAAAGCACUGGUGUUUCCCCCAAAUUUCCCAUCAGGCAGAUGUGCUGUAGCUGGAGCUCACCUGGUAGUGAGGAGAGCUUUGUGAGCUUUGCUUAUAAACCCCCACAACUGAUUUGUUCUUUGUAGGUGAUGCUCAGGGAAAAACCCCAACUCCCAGCCCUACAAAUAAACCCCAAAUACCAAAAAUA